GUCACCCAGCCGUCUUUCAUGCCUAAAGCGGGACUAGAACUCACCGUCACCUGGUUUCUAGGCUAGCGCUUUCACCCAUACACACCAAACUGUCUCUCUUUCCUACUUUGCUUCCUCUUGGUUCGUUUCACUUUCCUCCCGAGCUUCCACAAGUGCCACGAAGACCCCCGUCUCAAUCCAGGUUCCGUCCUCUUCCUAGCAUAAUUUAACACCUGUGUUUCAGGAUCCUAAUCUGGCCACACCUGCAUUAAUCAGGACUAUAAAAAUCCCCCCAUCCAGAAUGUUAACAUUUCCUGCAUUGUGAAUUCGGGUGUGUCUGUUUUGCACAUGGGAACCGGCUUAACGAACCAGGGAUGGGCGCCUGGUGCCGUCUCUGCGUUCCGAACACCCUUCCUACGGUCUCUUGCCGCCGGCAGCGUUUGGCUGCUCCUGAUGGAAUCUGGGAAACAUCCCAGAGCUUGUAAGCUGCCUGCUUUGGUUUUAGGAGUAUUGUGUCAUAUUGGCAGAGCUUCGGGUACGCUCAUUUAAAGUUUGUUUGUCUUUUAAGUGCUCUUCCUCUGCUGUUCCUCCCGAGCGUUUUGUCCGGCUGAAACGCUUGGUUUCAUAACGUCCUUCUUUUAACCAGGGGCUUAUUGAGUACUGAAAUGCUAGCCGUGGUUUGCGGUGACACUGUCACAGUCCUUGCUGUGUUUUGGUCCCUUCUUUUUUUUUGCUUUGAACUCUCUACUCCACAGUCCUAGGAUGUCUUUUGUGUGAGCCGUGGCAAAGUGUGGUCUUGGAGUGAAUAGCAGCGAAGUAACUUGGCUUUCUCAUGGAUAUCUGAGACCGUCAGAGGCACUCCGAAAAGCCCACACAGGGUUGCUACUGUCCUCCUUCUGUAACUUGAGUGAAGCCCUUGAGAAAACCUGGAAAAAUCAAAACCGAGGCUCCAGCGAGUGCCGUCCUCACUUGCUGCUGAAACAAGAAAGAACAACCCCAAAUUAUUUCUCUUUGCAAAACCGGCGUUCCCUCCACGCUGAAAGGAUAAACCGCUUUUUUUUUUGAAACGGGCGUUGUUGCGUCUUGGAUGUAAAAUGUCUGAAAACUCAAACGGAUCUUCUGAACCAGCUCCAGAUUACAGGUACAAGAAAGACGAGCUCUUCAAGAGACUAAAAGUGACUACUUUUGCCCAGCUGGUGAUACAGGUGGCCACUCUGUCGGAUGAAACCUUGAAAGGGCCACCUGAAGAAGGCCAAAAACUAGAUGAAGGCGACGCCGCUCCUGCAGAGACCAAUCUUGAGGUAGCAGAGACCAACGGCAAAGGGAGCCCCGAGGAGAAGGCGGCCAGCCCCAUCCUGUUCAUCAACAACACCGGCGCUGGAGAGUCAUAUCGCUCCACCUUGCAGAGCGUCAUCAGUGGGGUCGGCGAGCUGGACCUGGGCAAAGGCGACCCCAGGACGACGGAGCUGGCGGCUGCAAACGACGGGCCUUAUCCCGACUGCCCCUACCUGCUGCUGGACGUGCGAGAGCGAGACGCCUACGACCUCUGCCACCUUGUGGGAGCUUACUCCUAUCCCAUCGCUACUCUGUCCCGAACGAUGAACCCCUACACCAACAGCAUUUUGGAAUACAAAAAUGCUCACGGGAAGAUUAUCAUCCUCUACGACGACGACGAGAGGGUGGCCAGCCAAGCAGCCACCACCAUGUGCGAGAGGGGCUUUGAGAAUGUAUUCAUGCUCUCUGGAGGGCUCCGAGUCAUUGCGCAGAAGAUCCCUGAAGGCCUGGUGACCGGCUCCUUCCCCGCCUCCUGCGUGGUGGCCAGUCACCCUGGGAGCGCCCGGAAAAAAGCCACCCCCCAGCCGCCCCUCCCCACGGCCGCCACUGAGAACAAGUGGAGGUUCACCGCAGAGGAUCUGCAAAAGAUGCAAUACUAUCUCCAGGAGGAGCAGCUUCCCAGCGAUCCUGCCACCCGCCUCAGCCGCGGAUCCUCCGCCCGGGACUGCAAAGCCGCCAUCGCCGUGAGGAGCAGCCAGGACCUGCCCAGCACCAACCCGGCCACAGCGGCCCUCACCGCCCGCUCCCUCAGCAGCAGCAACCUGCAGAGCAGGCCCUGGCGGUAGCCCGGCACCUUUGACAAGAAUAAAAGAGAGCCCGUUUCCUGGGGCCGUUUUAACCCAA